UAACGUGAAUAGGGAGAAUACUGGUGUAGAUUGGUGUGCGUGUGCAGCAGCAUGUCUGAAUAUCCGACCUUUCAGUAUGGCAAGUCUCGUUUCGACCAGAAAACGUUCUUUGGUCGGUUCAGACACUUCCUGGAUGUGAUUGACCCCAGCACCCUCCUUGUGACAGAGAAACGACUUCAGGAGAGCGUUGAGCUGCUCGACCGGUUCAAACAAGGGACUCUGCCUCCAGGAGUGACAGAUGCUCAGCUUUGGCAAGCUCAGAAAAUAAAGCAGGCCAUCAUCCACCCUGACACAGGGGAGAAGAUCCUCAUGCCCUUUCGCAUGUCAGGUUUUAUCCCAUUUGGCACACCAGUGGUUGUUGGCCUACUUCUCCCGAACCAAACACUGGUGUCAACGAUCUUCUGGCAGUGGUUAAACCAGAGUCACAACGCCUGCGUUAACUACUGUAACCGCAACGCCUCCAAGCCAGCUCCGAUUUCCAAAUUUGUCCAGGGAUACCUCGGAGCAGUGACGAGCGCCGUCUCCAUUGCUGUGGGGUUGAAUGUGUUGAUCCAGAAAGCAAGCCGCUUCAGCCCAACGACCAGGCUGCUGGUGCAGAGGUUCAUCCCCUUCCCAGCAGUGGCGAGUGCAAACGUCUGUAACGUGGUGCUCAUGAGACACUCGGAGCUGUCAGAGGGCGUCAGCGUGCUCGACGACGACGGGAACGUGGUGGGAACAUCCAGAGUAGCUGCCAGGCAUGCACUUCUGGAGACGGCCCUGACCAGAGUGGUGCUGCCCAUGCCGAUCCUGGUCCUCCCUCCCAUGAUCAUGGCUGUUCUGGAAAAGCUCCCCCUCCUGCAGAGACAGCGGAGGCUCGUCCUGCCCGUCCACAGCCUGGUGUGUCUCGCUGCCUUUGGCCUGGCUCUGCCUCUCGCCAUCAGUCUCUUCCCACAGAUGUCCCAGAUCAGCGUGAAUCAGUUGGAGCCAGAGAUCGCCAUGGCAACAGAUUGCAAGAUUGUGACAUACAAUAAAGGCCUGUGAGUGAUCCCUGCAGCCCGACGGCACGGUUCAAGCUGCCAGAGAAUGAAUUAUGGUAAAUUUGGCUGCAUUAGCCUCGGAGGAUUUAGCAUAUGUUUACAGGGAACGGCGGUUCAUGUUGGGAAUACAUGUUGUUUACACCGAGACAGUGGUUGUUAAUUGAGAAAUAACACCAAGACAUAUUGUGAUAUCGGAAAGUAAACGUCAUGACACCUCAGAGUGUAUUAUCGUGGUUUUAACAUGGAGUCUGCUAUGUUAUCUGCUGUGUCUAUGUUGUAGCUAGAGUGAGCUAACGGGGGGAGGGUAACAGCCUGCUUAGGCUAGCCAGCCAUGUUAGCUUACAAGCUUCUUUUCCUAAUUAAUUAGAGAUUAAUUUUAAUAAACAUGAUCAAAAUAGGUGGAUUAAAACAGGAGCAGGUUAUGUCUAAAUGAUUGUAGUUGUGGGUGAGAUUGUGUAUCUAAAUACUGUGAAUCAAAUCAGGAUAAAUGAGCAAAUGUGUUUUUGUGAAUGUUGUUUUGUUUUUUUUUCUUCUUCUUGUUUACAAUUCAGAGGUUCCUGACCUUUGUUUUUCUUCUCUUGAUCCCUUAAUAUGAAGUAAUGCACUGUCUUUGCAGCCCGGUGUCACAGGUUCGAUACUAACUGUGAGUUUUGAUUUUUUUUGAAGCACACUUUUUAGAGGCCUGCAAGGGUAAAACUACAGUAUCGCACGAGAAUGAAGUAAAGUUUAGAGAAAAGUCAGAAAAAGAAAAAUCUGACUCCAGUGUUGGCUGCAGAAAUUCUAGCCAAGUUAUUUUACUAAAAUAUUUUUAGCAAGAUAUGAGGUUACAGCAGAUAAUUCCUCUGCAGAGUAUCACUUUACUAUCUGUUGCAUGAUUGAAAAGUUUAGAAAGUAAACUUUGAUCAGUAUCUGCUUUUAAUGCGUCCAAUUAAAAUGUGACACUGGGUUUGUUUGGUUUUUUUUUUGAUACCACAAAGGCAGGUAUUGAAAACUUCAUUAUUCAAAUCCCAGUAUUUGCUUUGGCUCCUUCCCACUGGAAUCUGGAGGCUGAGUCACUCUCAUGUGGUAAAACAACAGUUGGUUUGAGUUUGGCGUCAGGAAAAAUCUUCUUUAGACAUCUUUUAGAUUUUGCUUCCAACUAAAGUGCAUUUACGCUUUAAAACUUACUUUUGUAUUUUGAAUACACAAAUAUAAAGUAAGAAUAUUUUUAAGUCUUAACCUUUUUAAAGGAGUUUUUUUUUUUUUGCUCCAUAUAUGUUUUUGUGAAAGCACUAUUUUAAUAAUGCCUGCUCUGUAUUUGUGUAUGUAUGUAUCUGCACUUGAUUUAUAUAAACUGUCUGUCUUCAAGUAGCCUAUUAUCUUUUGUCAUGAUCUGUGCGAUUAGUAUGUUUGCCCGGUUGCUGGGGGAACGUAGCACGGUAGGCUGCGAUGCCGCGUAAUUCAACAAGAAGCCACAUGCAGAUCAGUGGAAGAUGCUGGGUGUAAAUUGUGGAACAUAAUUCAGGUGAGACAAAUACAAACAAAAUACCAUUCAUAAAGUAUUCAUAAACUGUUACAUAUAUGCAUCUGAUUUCUCUUCUUUUGAUUAAUCUGUUUCUGAGCAUCACGUUUAAAUAUGUCUGAAGGAUUUCACUCUUAGUUUUUGGGAAAUGUUGCCUCAUGGGCAUUACAGAGGACCCCAGUUCAACAGUUUAACUCAUAAAUUCACAUUAUUAAUCGAUAUAUGAGUUGAGGUUUAAUACAAAAAAAACACAUUUGUAAAGAUGUUUUUUGCAUUUUUAAAGU